AUGGACGACGAACGACAAGGAGCACAAGGCGAGCCGGUCAUCGUCGUUGCGAGUCCGAGCAGGCCUUGGAAUAUCAUUGACGACGGUGAUGAAGAAGCACUCCAUCAGAAGCACCAUUCUCGGCACGCCGGCAUCGCGCCUGCCCUCUAUUACCCCUUGGGUGCUCCGCCGGCCGCGUUCGGUGUUGCCAACCAGCAGCGACCCCCUUGGGAAGACGUUGGGAGGUCAUCUGAAGCUCCUUUCCGUAAACGAGAACGCCCUACAAGUGCCUCGACGCCAUUUAAGCACAGCACGGGUUCAGAUCGGCAGCACAGCAAUGAGGGGGAAAAAGAGGCUGCACCCACGCCAGUCGAGCAUCACGGCGCGGCCGAUGGCUGCAAAGAAGACGAGCGGCUCGCACACCCACGCUUUCAGUCCUUGGAUCUCUACACGAGCAGUGCUCCCACGUUUGCCUCGUCAUCAUCCUCGUCUAGGCGACCGACACCCGAGAGUAGUAGCGGCAGUGGUGCGCUAACAGAUGGUCAUGAACGAAGAAAGAAGAACCACCGUCGAAAGCCUGACCCAGACCAGGAGUCAGCCCCGCCUCGACCGCCUAAUGCUUUUAUUCUCUAUCGUUCCGCUCACUCGGCAGCUGCUUCCAGCGCACUUCCACCGUCAACAGGUCCGACGACAGGCUCGAGAAAACGGACGGGUGCCACGGCAGUCGAUGUCGACAAUCAGCUCGAAGCAGGCACCAACCAUUCACCUGCGACGCCGACGCAGCAGCAGUCGCUGAGCAAGUCCAUUGCAGAGCGUUGGAAUUCGGAGCCGCAAGCAGUCAAAGAUUUCUGGUACACCGAGGCGCAAAAGAAGAAGAAGCUCCACGAGCUCAUGUAUCCCGGCUACAAGUUUCAGCCUCGUUCUUCGGAGAAGGUCAGGCAGGAGCGAGAGGCAAGAGCCACAAAGAGAAACGAAGACGCCAGCAAGUCAGAGACGAGAACAAGAGGAAGGAGCAGCAGUCGGGCGAGCGCCGCGUCUGGAAAGUCGUCCGGAAAGAAGCCGUACGCAGACGAGAGCAGCGUCAAACAACGGGGCAGGGCACGCGCAGCCGCUGGUGCUGACCAACAGCAAAGCAAGAGCAGCGGCAACAGUAGUAUUCGGAGCAGCAUCAGUAGUAGUAGCGGCAGCAGCAGCGUCCUUCCAGCAGCCACUCCUUCGACGACUUCCUCCAAAUCUGCAACGCCAUCGUCUCCCGUUGUUGUGCAUGGCGAUGUGUUCUCGGAAGACGUGACACCUGCCAAGGCGGCAAGCUCGGACAGCAGACUCAACCCGAAUGCUAUUUCGAGCUCUAUCCUUGCCAUACCCAUGACGAGCUCUCCCAUCGACAUGUCUGCCUUUGAGUCUCAACCCACGAACGCAUUCCGGUCGGGCGACGACGCUACACCAACCUCAGAUCGACAAAGUGCUUCUACAGAGGCACCUCUUGCUGAUUCAACACCUUCUUUCUCGUUUCCCGUUCCUCCCAGUAACGGCCCAAUUCGUGUUGAGGUCGACAUUGAGCGCCUGCUUAGGCUCGACUCGGCAACCUUGUGUGAACUUCUCGGCAUUCCGGCAAGUCCCUCUCCUCCUUCGGGGCUCAACACCGUUCUGACGCCACCAAACGAUUCCGCACCUGCUGGUUACGGCGCCUCGCAUCAAUCCGGUCUGCCAUCGCCGAGCCAAUGGCGCUCUCUUGUCACAACGCCUUCCCUCUUCUCCGGCCAGCUCCUCCAUUCCCCUCAGCUUCAGACUCUCGGUGUCGAUCUUACUCAUCGAUCCUUGCCAAUCCUCGAAACCGACGGGCAGACGACUCAAGAAAUUCAUCCUCCUCAUCACCUUCCUUUUUGGCGAUCUUCCUCUGCAUCGACGACGACCACAACGACGACAACUACCACGACGACGCGAACGACGAGAUUGACAUCCUCGUCAUUUAUGGGCUCCUCUCCUCCUUCCGCGAUGCCUUUAUUGGCAUCCUCCGACAACCCUCCUUCGACCGGUAUAACUCUGCCAGACGCCUCGCCAGAGCCUGGAACGCUCUGGGAGGUCGUUGGGAGCAUCGAUAGCGACAAGAGCUCCUCCAUGGAUCACACUGGUGGCCUCUAA